AUGGUCGCCAAGAAGACAGGCUCAUCGGGCGAGGCCCUCCCCGUCCGGGUCGUCACCUUCAACGUCCGCUACGCUGCACCGAGGCCCAUGCCCAACGAAAAGUCCUGGCAGGUCCGCUGCCCGAAGAUCUGCACGCAGCUCGACUUCAUCACGCGGGGCCACGACUCGCCGUUCCUCUGCCUCCAGGAGGUUCUCUACCCGCAGCUCCUGGACAUCCAGGCCGGCCUCGGCGAGGGCUGGGGGUACGUCGGCAUCGGCCGCGACGAUGGCGACCGGCUCGGCGAGCUCUCCCCCGUGUUCUACCGCGUCGGCACGUGGAAAUGCGAAGUGUUCAAAAACUACUGGCUCAGUGAGACGCCCGACCGACCGUCAAAAGGAUGGGACGCGGCGCUGCCGCGCAUCGUCACGGUGGGCGAGUUCGUGCAUAAGCGAACGGGCCAGAGGGCUGUUGUCAUGAGCACGCACUUUGACCACCUUGGCGUAGUGGCGCGCGAGCAGAGCGCCAAGCUCAUCCUGCGCAUCGCAGCCCAGUGGGCCGAGGAGCGAGCCUCGAGCCCGCCCGCGGCUGUCAUCCUCGGCGGCGACUUCAACAGCAACCCCAGCGACAACGCCUACAAGAGCAUGGUCGCGAAAGGGUCCGGCAUGGCCGACGCUCAUGCUCUGGUGCCGGCGGAGAAGCGGUACGGAAACGAGCUGACGUACACUUCAUUCGAUGAGCCGGACCAGCAGGCUGUGAGGAUCGACUUCAUCUUCGUAAAGGUGCCUUCCGAUGUCAAGGUAACCACCUUUGGCGUUCUGACUAAUCGGUUUGAUGACGGUGUCUUCCUGUCAGACCAUCGGCCUGUCGUUGCAGAUUUGGAGGUGCGAGCUGCGAAGGAUAGCAGUGCCAGCUCAUGA